GGCGGGGCUCUUACGCCACGGGGCGUGGCCUGGACGGAGCGGGGCUAAGUGACCACCGGAGGCAGAGGCGCAGGUGGGACCAGGGUCGGACCUCCUAGCCCCAGGGAUGGUGUUGAUGCAAGGCUUUGGGGGACGAUAUUUGAAAGCCUUUUUGAAAGGGUUCUUUGUUGCUAUGCCUGUAACAGUAACUUUUCUGGAUCGAGUGGCCUGUAUUGCAAGAGUGGAAGGUGCUUCAAUGCAGCCUUCAUUGAAUCCUGGAUGGAGCCAGACAUACGAUGUAGUGCUUUUGAACCACUGGAAAGUUAGGAAUUAUGAGGUGAAUCGUGGUGAUAUUGUGUCAUUGGUAUACCUGCUAAGCAAUGUAAUGAGAGAAGCAUCAGUCAGUCUGAGGCAUGUACUUUGCUUCUAUCCCUUUGUCAUUUGUAGUAUCUGCUAGUCAACACUAGGGACAUAUGCUUUCAUCGAAUUCUCCUUACCUCUAAUCUCAUUUCCCUGUGAUGCAACACAGGGGCAGGAGCUGAGAUUCAGUGGUCCCUCCCCUUUUUGAAGUAUCUACCUAUCAGAAUUGUCGUUUUAUUUUGAAAUUUGUCUUGACUCUUGGCUUGGAUUCUAUUCUCAACAUCUUAGGGCCUUAAGGUACAUAAUAAAUUCUUUUAAUUUUC